CAACUAAUCAGUGUUGGUAAGUAUUCACAUGUCCGGGGCGGACUAAAGAUUUUGGGAAACCAUUUGACUGGGAUUUACAGCUACUCGCAACAAAGUGACUCAGUUUUUUUUCUAUUAUGGCACCGACAGGAGAAGUGGUGAUUGCCAACGAGGCACGAGUUUGUGCAGAGAACCUCCUGCGUUGGGACCUGACACCGGAUCAGAUCCAUCAGCUCGCGGACGAGCUGAUCACCAAGACCAAGCUGGUGUAUGAUUCUGUGGGUGCCCUGGAGCUGGCCAGCGUCACAUAUGAUAACACCCUGAAGGCCCUGGCAGAUGUAGAGGUGGAGUACACGGUUCAGCGCAACAUGCUGGACUUCCCCCAGCAUGUCUCGUCAUCCAAAGACGUGCGCGCUGCCAGCACUGACGCGGAUAAGAAGCUCUCUGAGUUUGACGUGGAGAUGAGCAUGCGAGAGGAUGUGUACCAGAGGAUCGUUGCACUGGAGGAGAAGAUUGAUGCUGACACUCUUAGUCCCGAAGCUAAGAGGUACAUGGAUAGACUGAUCAAGCUGGGAAAAAGGAAUGGCCUGCACCUCUCUGAAGACACACAGGAAGAAAUCAAAAUUAUCAAGAAAAAGCUGAGCACUCUGAGUAUUGAUUUCAACAAACACUUGAAUGAGGAUACUACCAGUCUGUCUUUUACUAGAGAGGAGCUGGGUGGCCUUCCGGAGGAUUUUCUCAGCUCCUUGGAGAAGGACGAUGAGGGAAAGCUGAAGAUCACGUUGAAGUACCCGCACUACUUCCCCACCAUGAAGAAGUGUCACAUCCCAGAGACGCGCAAGAAGCUGGAGCAAGCAUUCAACUCCCGCUGCAAGGAGGAGAACUCGAAAAUCCUCAAGGAGCUGGUGAAGCUGCGCGCUCAGAAGUGUGCCCUUCUGGGAUUCGGAAACCAUGCUGACUUUGUCCUGGAAAUGAACAUGGCCAAGAAUGGCAAGAAGGUCUCUGUUUUCCUAGAGGACCUGGCUCGCAAGCUGAAGACCCUGGGCGAGGAAGAGCGUGCCGUGAUCCUCAAGCUGAAGCAGGAAGAGUGCAAGAAGAGAAACCUGCCCUUCAACGGAGACCUGCACGCCUGGGACACACGCUACUUCAUGACUCAGGUGGAGGAGACCCAGUAUGCCGUGGACCAGAACCUGCUGAAGGAGUACUUCCCCAUGGAGGUGGUGACCCGCGGGCUGCUGGACAUCUACCAGGAGCUGCUGGGGCUGUCCUUUCAGCUGGUGGAAGGUGCCCCUGUGUGGCAUGAGGACGUCACCCUGUACUGCGUGAAGGACCGCACUUCAGGCCAGGUGGUCGGUCAGUUUUACCUGGAUCUCUACCCCAGAGAGGGGAAGUACGGCCAUGCUGCCUGCUUCGGCCUGCAGCCUGGGUGUCUGCUGUCUGAUGGGACCAGGCAGAUGGCGGUGGCCGCCAUGGUGGCCAACUUCAGCAAACCAACCGCAGACGCGCCUUCACUGUUGCAGCACGACGAGGUGGAGACCUACUUCCACGAGUUCGGCCAUGUCAUGCACCAGCUCUGCGCUAAGGCUGACUUUGCCAUGUUCAGUGGAACUCAUGUGGAGAGGGACUUUGUGGAGGCUCCCUCUCAGAUGCUGGAGAAUUGGGUUUGGGAGAAGGAGCCACUGCAGCGCAUGUCCAAGCAUUACAAGACGGGCAGCCCCAUCCCCGCGGAGCUGCUGGACAAACUCAUCAAGUCCCGUCUGGCUAACACAGGUCUCUUCAACCUGAGGCAGAUUGUACUGGCCAAGGUGGACCAGGCACUGCACACCAAGACUGGUGUGGACCCGGCUGAUGAGUAUGCCAGACUGAGUCAGGAAAUCUUGGGCGUGCCAGCGUCACCAGGAACCAACAUGCCUGCUACUUUUGGCCACCUGGCCGGUGGCUACGAUGCCCAGUAUUACGGUUACCUGUGGAGUGAGGUCUUCUCUAUGGAUAUGUUCUAUGCCCGCUUCAAGCAGGAGGGCAUCAUGAACCCCAAGGUCGGCUUGGACUACCGGAACUGCAUCUUGAAGCCUGGUGGAUCUGAGGAUGCGGCUGAGAUGCUGAAACACUUCCUGGGUCGCGAACCGAAGCAGGAAGCGUUCCUCUUGAGCAAAGGACUGACCGUGGAGCUGGAGCAGGGGACACCGUGUGCCUGCUGACCGCUCUCUCACAGCAGAUAAAAAUGUGCAAAAGCCCCACUCUGGACAGUGGGCACCUCAGACUGAAUAUUGGAUUUCCUCUCAAAAAUAGAUUGUACCCCAACUAUCACAGAUCACCUCACUGUCACUCACUGCUCUCACUUGUGCUGUGUGUUUUUGGGAGUUUGGGGGUUUGUUUUAACUCUAUAAAAUUGUAUUGAAACCCAAAUCGGGAAAAACCAUAAAGAACAAAAAAUUUAUUGAAAUCAUA